CCCCAAUGAUCGCCUCAGCACACACAUUACUAUUUUCAGGCACAGAAGGGACACCUCAAACCCAUCGUCUCGUUGAGUUUCAUUUUAUACGACAAAAACCGCGUCAAACUUCUAAAACCCUCGCGAUCCCCGAGCCCCCGUGCGCGCAGUCCCUGCCCCCCGCACUCUAAAAACCCGAAACUCCCCCCGCACCGCGCCGUGUCGCCAGAAUCAUGCCAAAGUGUGUGCACUCCCGAGUCUCCAAAGUGCUCACCUAACAAUCCCCCAAGUGUCAAGUGUAAAUACCGAAUAAGUGUCAAGUGCCCCCCAAACCCUCCGAAAAAAAAAUGACCGCGAGUCCCGAGAGGGUUGUUCACCCCAUCGACGUGUGAAACGAGUGAUUGACGAUCGCCACGAGCAGCUGAUGGCGGCCAAGUGCAUCUGAAUCCCCCAAAAAAUAACCAAACAGCCCCCAAAGUCCCCCAAAUCCACCGAACCCGCGACAACUCCCCCAAAAAUGCUGUAAACCGAGCCCCAGGACUAGAACCUCAUCGUCAGAGCCGUAAAAGCCCCCAAAGUGCAGCCAAAAAUCUCGUAAACAACCCCGAAUUAUCGGCAAUUCCUUCGAGUGAGACUCGAGACGUGAUAUAACGGUGCUUGGAGCACUCUCUCCCCCCCUCGCCCCUCUCCGUAACUCCGGGAGCAUCCGGACGGGCACGUAGCCGGUCCCGGCUAUCGAAUUUACACCGUAAAAACCGGAAUAAACUCCGGGCUAACCCCCGAGUGUAAACAACUCUAAAAAAAAAAAAUAGUGAGUGAUUGGGGGAAAAAAAAUUGAGUGAGUGAAUUUUGGAGUGUCCGUGGUGAGUCUUGGGAUUCCUUGGAGGUGUCCACAAGUGAGGGAGUUGUUGGUUUUGUGAGAAACUCACGCAAGAGGGCCCAGUGGAUUGUGAGGAAGCGAAAUAAGCCGAUAAUUUCUGAUAAUUCAUCAUUAACCGUGAAAUUUGGGGCUUGUGUUGGCCCCCGGGUGUGAUUUACUCGGUGAUAAACUUGGGGAAAGGGUCUGCCGGGGGUUUUUCUGACGAUUGGGGAGGCUCCGGGAGUUGAGGGAGUGCGACAACGCCUAGGGAGUGAGGGAAUUUUGUGGAUGGAGUGAACAACUUGGGGUUAACCUUGUGAUUUGUCCGGGCUUCGGGGGAUUUUUUUUCAAGGGGAAAAGUUGGGGUACGAGUGAUGGUUUCGAUGGUGAUACAGGGUGAUAAUUCAGGAAUCUAGCCGCCACGACAUCACCGAGAGAAGAGGAACAGGGGCACGAGCGUGACGCCGGAGCAGCGAGACAAUCCAGCAUCCGCAGUGCCUCAAAUCCUAACAACAUGUCAUCUGGCGCGUUUGUCGAUCGGAUAGAUCCAUUCGCUAAGCGAUCGCUUAAGAAGAAGUCCAAGAAGUCGCAGGGAUCCUCGAGGUACAGGAAUUCACAGGAUGUUGAGUUGCAGCAGUUGCCACAGCUCAAAGAUGUCACACCAUCAGAACAAGAGGAUCUUUUCAUCAGAAAGUUGCAGCAGUGCUGCGUGGUAUUUGACUUUAUGGAUCCAGUCGCUGAUCUCAAAGUAAAAGAGAUCAAACGUUGUACCCUCAAUGAACUCGUUGAAUACAUCACAGCUGGCAGAGGUGUACUCACUGAGCCAGUUUACCCGGAAAUUAUCAAGAUGAUAUCGGCUAAUUUAUUUCGUACAUUGCCACCGAGUGAACAUCCCGAUUUCGAUCCGGAGGAGGAUGAUCCGACAUUAGAGGCUAGCUGGCCACAUCUACAAUUGGUCUAUGAAUUCUUUUUACGUUUUCUCGAGUCGUCUGAUUUUCAACCGACCAUUGGAAAAAAAGUUAUUGACCAAAAAUUUGUUCUACAGCUGUUAGAUUUGUUUGACUCCGAAGACCCCAGGGAGAGAGAUUUCUUGAAGACAGUCUUACAUCGCAUCUACGGAAAGUUCCUCGGCCUUCGGGCAUUCAUACGCAAACAGAUAAACAACAUAUUCCUCAGGUUUGUGUACGAAACAGAACACUUCAAUGGAGUUGGAGAACUGCUGGAAAUUCUGGGGAGCAUUAUCAAUGGUUUCGCACUACCACUGAAGGUCGAACACAAGCAAUUCUUAGUCAAGGUGCUGCUGCCACUGCAUAAGGUGAAGGGUUUGUCCCUCUACCAUGCACAGUUAGCAUAUUGCGUGGUUCAAUUUCUAGAGAAGGAUGCAACGUUAACGGAACCAGUGGUGAGGGGUCUCCUCAAAUUCUGGCCUAAAACAUGUAGCCAGAAGGAGGUCAUGUUUCUUGGUGAAAUUGAAGAGAUUCUCGAUGUUAUAGAACCUAGCCAAUUUGUUAAAAUACAGGAACCACUGUUCAGGCAGAUAGCACGCUGUGUCUCUUCACAACAUUUUCAGGUGGCAGAGAGAGCACUGUAUUUCUGGAACAAUGAGUAUAUUAUGUCACUGAUAGAGGAGAAUAAUCACGUGAUAAUGGGAAUAAUGUUUCCAGCAUUGUACAGAAUAAGUAAAGAGCACUGGAAUCAGAUGAUUGUUGCUCUUGUUUAUAAUGUACUAAAAACUUUUAUGGAGAUGAACAGCAAGCUCUUUGACGAAUUAACUGCCAGCUACAAGUCAGAGAGACAAAAAGAGAAAAAACGAGAUAAAGAGAGAGAGGAAUUGUGGAAGAAACUGAAAGAUUUGGAGGUAGAGCGAAGUAAUGCGCUCAUGGCAACACCCAAUACUCCAGUUCCUGCCACCACUGCACCUGCGACACGAGCCCGCCCCUGAGCUGGUGGAUCCUCACUACCAUGCUGCCCAAUUGUUAGCCCCUAGUUUACGUCGAUUUGUCCUCGAAACAACAUACCCAACCGCAAAAAGUAAAAUGCAAAUUAUCGUUGUUAGUGAAAGAAACAAAAAAAAACAUUAAACAAAAAUCUACAAAUGUCCACCGGCAUUGACGUAAAGUAACCGAUAAAAAUCAUUAAAAAAAUUCCCAAAAAAAAUAUAUGAAAACUCCUCUUGUUAGUUGAGAGCCGCAAAGGCCCGAGUUGGCGGGGAAGUGACGAUCAAAGCUGCAGUAAUAUCACAAUCUAUUGGCAGGACUGUUGACAUGAAAUUAAUGAAAAAUUAAUCCUAAGAAUUAAAAUGAAUCCAGUGGGACAGAAUGAUGAAUUCGAAUGAACCUCCACGACUAAUUUAAUAUGUGUACAAUAAUUUCUAUGAUUUAACUCAGAUGAGAGAGGUAAUUCAUUGUUUUUAAUAACGAUUAAAGAAAAUUGUUGUCUCAUCUCUUUAUUGAAUUUGAAUGAGUUUAAUUUGUAUGGUGUACUCGGUGUCAGCACGUAAAAUGAAAAAUGAGAAUGUCAGUCCCUUCUUAAUUAAGGCUGUCCUGUCCAAAUGAUGGAGGUGAUGAUCAGAGUUAAUAAUUACGUAAUUAGCGAAAAUAGAGAUUUAAUGAGACAAUUGUGUGCAUGAAUUUAAUCGAUGGAAAAAGUGAAAUAAGUAUUGGGGAGAGUUGAAUAAUCAUUUUUUAUUACCAAAAAUUGACGUGGACAAGUAAUACUGAUGGAUUUUCAUUGAUGUAAUGUAUCUGCACUUUGUAUUUAGGUAAUUGUAAUUAAUAAUUGAGGGGUUUAACGUGAUUUUCUUUAUUUUCUCAUUUUUUGCAUGCUUUUGGGGGCGAUUAUCUCGGUAGUGAGUGGGUUUAGGGAGAAAUGUCAUAAGACACUUUUUGUCGACAAUUCAAUUUUCCACUGGAAAGGUUCUAUGAACUUUUCUCGUAGGACUACUCGUUAACGAGAUAAUCGCGUAAUUACGAAAUUGGAAAAAUCAGAAUUUCACGUUUUACCACUCGACGGCAGAAUUAAUUAACAAAUCUCCAUUAUUUCAUUUGUAUGAUUAAAGUAAAAUGAUAAUUAAUGAGUACAUGAUCUUCACCUCCUUUUUUGGGGCACGAAGCGUUGUUUGAAAUGUAUCAUAUAUUCGUAUUAAUGAUAAAUAAUGAUUAACUAUAACAAGAACAUAAUAAAUUAGGUAAAUAUAUAAAUAAAAAAUGAAUAUAUAUAAAUAUAUAUAAUACAAUAUAUUAUAAAAUAUAGUAAUAUUGAUGAUACGUGAAAUAAAUACAAGAGAAAAACAUUUUAAAAAUUUACAAAGGUAAUGAUUCAUAAAUUACACACGACAUUUACACGUUCGACACGUACAAAAUCAGGUACACGAGGAAUUUUCGAUAAAUUCUGUAGGGGAAGAGGAGGGGCUGGGGGUGAAAAGUGUUUCCGUGCUAUUAACUGAUAACAAAAAAUCAUUUUUCAAUAUUUCAGGGGUGAAAUGGUGAAACGAGAGAAAUUUCCGAAAUUUCGUCCGCGGUUUUUUGGGAAUAUCUCGGGAUCUGUGGGAGAUGGGGGAAUUUUCGUCAGGAACUUUUUUGUGGGGAAUUUCAAGGGCUAGAAAAAAGGUCGAGAUGCAAAUGGGCGUAUCUCCCUUCUGUAAUGAGAUAUUCAGGAAAAACUGACUGGGAGUUGAUGAAAUUGUCUGUUUCAGCAGUUCACUCGUGAUUUUUUCAGUCUUCAAGGGGAAUUCUUGGGUUUUUGGGGGUGACGACGUGCUGCAUGUUAUGUAUUACGCAUUAUUUUGUAUUUGAGCGGGGGAUAAUGAGAAUUUUUAAUUCAUCGUAAGCAAUGGAGUCAGAGAAAUAAGAGAGAUUAACAAAGUUGGUGAAAAAUACUGAGAAUUAAUUGUACCAAAAUAUCCAUGAAUUACUUAUAAAUAAUUAAUGAUAACAUAUUGAUAACAAUAAGUAAUAAAUAGAGGAUAAAGUGCAUAAUAAGAAUUUAUUCGGAGCUGUGCUCCCACUGGCCACCGUUGAAAGUGUACGUGGGAUCGUUUUUCAAAUGAAAAAAUAAUGAAGAAAUAUGAGAAUAAUAAACAAAACGAGUUAUUAAGAAAUUUCUUACAAUUCAUAAUUAAACAUUAAAUAGGCGACAUGUUGAGGGCUCAGUAGUAGGUGAUGAUUUGACGAAUGAGUGAAUUGCUUGCUCACAUCAUUUUAUUUAUUUAUUAUUAUUUUGUUCAGUUGAUGGGAUGAAAUGCUCAAGUUGAAGACUAAUCCAUUAAUUAUGCAAUUAUCUCGGUAAUGAGUGGGUUUACCACAAAAAGUCAUAUAAACUUUUUUGUAGAGAAUUCAAUUCCCUGCGAAAAAUGUUUUGUGACAUUUUCUCCUCAACCCCCUCAUUAUCGAGGUAAUUAACAAAGAGUGACAACAAAACAAUGCACGAAAUUUUCAUUCCGAUUAAGAUGAAUCCUCAAGAAAUUGACAAUUAUCUCAGUAACGAGUGGGUUUACGACGAAAAGUCGUAGAACGUUUUUUGUAGAGAAUUUAAUUUUCUACGAAAAAUGUCGUAUGGAAUUUUCUCCUAAACCCACUCAUUACCGAGAUAAUGAAAAAAUAAAAAAAUCUUAACCGAAGCACUUCGCAAUUCCCAUGAUAAAAUCAGUUAAUUAAUUACUAGGGGUAGAUUUCUAAUUACGUACGACAUAAACAGCUGAUUAUUGCCUCACACGACUACAACCAAUUAAACGCCAUUAUUUUAUCACCGAAGAUCCCCUCCAGCGGAAUCUCCCUAAUUAAUCAAUUAAAAUUCUCCUGGAGGGGAUUUUCCCUCACACGACGACUCACGUAAUCAAUACGCUUUCAGGUAUUAAAGAAAAUCGAUAAUAAAUGGCCGAAUAAGUUUGUUAACAGGCAGUCCUCGAACCGAGAGGAGAAUCAAUGAAUCGACGAUUGAUUGAUCAAUCGAAACCGAAGGAAAACAAUUUCCUGAUGAAGAGUAUAACGCAAAUGAGAAUGAGAUGAUAACGAGAGGACAAUUGCAAAUGAUCUGAACAAUUGUUUCAACGUAUUAUAAUAUAUUUUUAACAUCUACGAUUAGUUGUAUAAAUAGCGUGGAAAAAAAGAGUAUGAUGGGAAAGGAAAAUUUAGUUACAUUCAUUCCGCUGAGAAAUCCGUUGUACAGAAAAUGAAUAAAAACAGUGAAAUUAA